CAGUCACUGGUUACCAUGUGGGGCGUAGUGCUUGCCCUCAGCGCUACAUUGGCUGCAGCUGGAAAUCAGCAUCUCCGGUACGGUAAGUACAACUUGGAGUUUUCUAGCAGUAAGAAGUUCUCCUAUGACUAUGAGGGUCUGGUACUGAGUGGCCUGUCGGAAGACGGCUUCGCAAAGUCUGGCAUCAGGAUACGGUGCACGGUGGAGAUCAGCGCGGCAGCUCCGAGGCUCUAUUACCUCAAGAUUCGCAACAUAGACCUGCAAGAGUAUAAUGGUUAUUGGCCAACAGAUAAAUUUACCUCUGCGCCAAAAUUAACCAAAUUACUGGAAAUACAGCUGGUUAAACCAAUAAAGUUUGAGUACCAUCACGGUCAAGUGGGUGAUCUUCACCUGCCCAGUGGAUUGUCGGACACUACAGUGAAUAUCCUAAAAGGAAUUCUGAAUAUUCUUCAGCUCACCAUAAAGAAGACUCACAAUGCGUAUAGCUUGCAAGAGAACGGGAUUGGAGGAGUUUGCCACGCCAGUUACUUGAUUCGGGAAAACCGAAGAAACCAAUUACUUGUUACCAAGUCGGUAGACCUUAACGACUGUGAGCACCGGGAGCGGAUGGUCACCGGUAAUGCUUAUUUACAUUCGUGUGCCAGCUGUAAGCAGAGAAACAAAAAUUCCCGAGCUGCGGUGACCUAUAAUUACAAAGUGAAAGCUACGGACACGGGGGGACGUUUGCUGGAGGCGGAAGUAAGCGAAGUUCAUCAGUUCACUCCAUUUAACGAAAUUGACGGGGCCGUGAUAUUUGAAGCAAGACAGAGACUCGUGUUAUCCGCCGUUCAAGAGCAGAUUCACUCGACCCCGGAGAAUAAUGACUACAUCACCAAAGAGUCGCUGCACUAUCACUUUGAAAGGAAACUGAUUCAAACUCCUAUUCAGUUGUUAAGUAGCAAAAAUGCAGAGAACCAGAUCAGCGACCUUCUGCAUUAUUUGGUAGAACACAAUAUGGGACCAUUAUCACAGGUAUCGCCAGAAAAGUUUCUGCAACUGGUGCAACAUUUGCGAAUGGUAAGCUUUGAGCAUAUGGAAGGAAUAUGGAGAUCGAUCUCAGGAAGGCAACAUUACAGGCGCUGGUUCUUAGACGCAGUUCCGGCCAUCGGUAGCCAUUUAUCACUACAGUUUUUAAAAGUGAAUAUUAAAGAACUGACGGAGUUUGAAGCUGCACAGGCCGUACCACUUGCUUUACAUUUAAUUAAAGCUGAUCACGACUCUAUUGCAGAAGCUAAGUCUUUGCUGGAAGCUGUCAAGUCCCAAGGGGGUUCACUACUACGCAAAGUGACCUACCUAGCCUAUGGGUCGCUGGUGCACAAGUUCUGCAGAGCCACAGAUUUCUGCUCAGAUGCAGCUCUACAGCCUCUCCAUGAUCUGCUAACAGAAGCCACCAAUGCCAUGCGGAACGACGAGAUGAUUCUGGCCCUGAAGGCGCUGGGGAAUGCCGGACAACUUGCCAGUAUAAAGUAUAUCCUGAAGUUCUUGCCACGAAUUUCAUCGAUGGCCUCCCACCUGCCGGUACCGAUUCAGGCUGCUGCCGUCAUGGCCCUAAAAAACGUAGCCCUCAAAGAUCCCACCAAGGUCUUUGAUAUUUGCCUGCAGCUAUACAUGGACGUGCAGCAACUUCCAGUGCUGCGCAUGAGAGCUGCCGCCAUUAUCAUGGACACCAGGCCGCCGUCCGCAGUUAUCAUGGCCGUAGCGAAGUCUCUGGUGGACGAGGACGAUGUGCACGUGGGGAGUUUUGUGUAUACUCUGCUGAAGAGACUGAGUAAAAGCGUCACACCUGAUCUUCAUGAAGCGGCGGCUGUCUGCAACAUGGCAAUAACACUUCUGAAGUCUAAGUAUGAAGCGAGAAGAAACGCGUUUCGCAGUGGAUUCACCUAUGACACAUUCACAGAUUCGCUCAUGUCAGGGUUUGAGAGCACAUUUAACAUACUGCACGGCCCAGGUGACGCUCUACCUGUGGCUGCUCUCGGCAGGCUCAAAACGUACUUCUUAGGGGUCUUCACCGAUCUGUUCGAGAUUGGUUAUCACGCUGAAGGACUUCAGGAAUUAUUAAUGAACAGACAUUUCGUCUCCUCUGACAGCGGCCUGCAAAACAUAAAGAAAAUUAUGGAUAUGAUGAAAAAGCUGCAUGCCUGGAAACCAUUAUCUUCCAAGGAGCCUCUUGCUUCAGCCUACCUUAAGAUGUUUGGACAAGAAAUCUUCUAUCAUGAGUUGAACAAAAACUCCCUAGAAAACAUUCUUAAGUUUCUUCCCGUUGGCAAGCACGCCACAUUACAAGCAGCUGUGACUGACCUCCAGAACGGUCUGGACGUACGCUGGUCUAAACCGCUGUUGUCGAGUGAAAACCGUCUAAUUGUCCCAACCUGUGUGGGUCUGCCACUGGAAACCAGCCUGUACUACUCGUCCGUCACAAGGGCGCAAUUACAAGCGCAAGCUCACAUCACUCCUGACCUGAAAGAGGGUGUAAACAUUCACCAGUUACUCGCAUCUAACAUAAAUCUCAAAUCCAAGUUUUCCCUAAGCAUUAAUAAGGAUAUUGUAUUUAUGAUGGGAGUGAACACAAACCUCAUGCAGGCCGGCAUGGAACUACGGACAAAAGUCAACGUUAUUCUUCCUGUAGAUAUUGAAGCAACGUUUAAUAUUGAAGAAAAAUAUUUCAAGGUGGAUUAUAUUCCAAAUCAGCAAGAAAAUGAGGUUGUGUCUAUAAGGACAAAGGCGUUCGCUGUAACAAGAAAUAUGGAGGAUUCUGCCGCAGCUAAAAUGACUCCAGUUGUUACAGCUGGAAUGGAACCAAACGUACCGAAACAGACCUUUAAUCCAAGAGACUUGUCAGUGGGGGGGACACCGAGUACGAAGGCAAAGUUUCCAGCAAAACUUCUCAGCCGGGAGAGGUACUAUUGGCGCAGGCAGCCGCCGUCAUCAGACUUUUCCGUGUGUAGUACACCCAGCAAUUUGGGGUUUCAGCUUUGCAUGGAGAGAAAAUGUGUGACUGCUUCCUUUGUACGCAACUGCCCUCUCUAUCGUAUAAUUGGAGACCAUUCAUUCAAACUAAUAUUCAAGCCAGUGCACACGGAUGCCUCCGUUGAGAAAAUACAAAUAGAAUUCCAAGCAGGGCCUGAGGCAGCUGCGAAAAUGGUGCGUUCAGUUAAUGUACAGAGAGCUGAUAGUGGAGCGCGAGAGACGGAAAAUCCAAUACACAACGUGGCUCUCUCAGCGCUGAAGAAAAUCCUUGGAAGUUACAAUGUAACAAUUGAAAAGGAUAUAUCAGGAAACAGCGAAGAUUCAUGUAAUCCUGGAAACACUUCUGAGUUUUCAUUAGAAUCUUCUUCAUCUUCAAGAAAAUCGCCAUCCUCUUCAUCAUCUUCCUCUUCCAGCCAAGACCAACGGCAGCAUAAGAAAAAAAUCCAUCACAUCAAACACCGUCACAGGGGUAAGUUUGCGUCAGGAGAAGGAAAAAAUAAUCAAGAAGGAAGCCAUGAAACACACGAGAUAUAUUGGCACAACGGGCAAGAUAAGGAAAAGGAGAUGAGAGUCCAUUGCAAGUGUUGGCCAGAGAAAGAAAAAGAAGAUCACAGGGGCAAACAUGAAAAAUGGGAACAUGGCAAUCAGGAGGAAGGACAACAUGAAAAGAACGCGCAUGAGAAUCAUCGCAAGGGCCAACAUGAUGCAGAGGAACAUGAGGAACAUCACAAGCGCCACCAUGAAGCAGAAGAACAUGAGGAACAUCACAUGGGCCAAGAUAAAGCAGGAGAACACAGGGGAAAUCAAACAUACCAUCAUGAAGCAAGGGAACACGAGGAACAUCACAAGGGCAACCAGGAAGCAAGGAAACACGAGGAACAUCGCAGGUGCCAACAUGAAGCAGGAGAACACAAGGAACAUCACAAGGGCCAACAUGGGAUAAGCAAAGAAAAACAACACAAGGACAGUGACGAAUCGGGAUGGAAAGAUCAUCGUCACAAAGGGCGACAUGAGAAUAAAAAACACACUGAUCGUCAUCGAGCAAACAAAGCUAAAAGGCAUUGCACUUGUUGGCGUAACAAAAACCACCAUAAAGGCCACCUAGAGUCAAAAGGUCGUCAUCAUUCAUCAGAAAACAGCAGGGUGAGAAUCGAUAAGAAAACGAGAUGCAAAUUUCAAAGCAGCACAAACAGUGAAAAGUUGAAGAAUAGCAACAAAAAUGAAUCCCAUCAUGAUACCUAUACCAGACAAUCCUCAGACUACAUGGACCUCUUCGGCCAACAAAUCCACACCGCUAAGUUUACGUCAGCAGCCACGCUUCUGGACAGAAGGAGCAGCAGCAGCAGUAGUGAAUAUCAGCAGAAUUAUCCAGCCGCAGCUCAGCCCAGGUUUGUUCUGCUGGUGAAAGCGAUCAUGAGUAAUGGCCAGCAUCAAGGUUACCAAACCACGGCCUACUCUCAUCCAGUCAAGUCUCGGGCACAGAUGGUCACAGCUUCCGUGGAUGAAAAGAGUUCUUGGAAGACAUGUUUUGAUGCAUCGAUAUCUGGACACCGCAAAGCCUCGGCAGUAGUCAGAUGGGGUGAAAAUUGCAAAGACUACAGAUUGGCAGCUGGAGUAUCUACGGGGCGACUUGCUGGGUCUCCGGCGGUGCAGCUGUCCUGGCAGUGGAAAAGGCUGCCAACUUGGUUGAAAAGUGCAGUUGAGAGUGUCAUGACGUUUGUCCCGGGUGUAGCAUACACACUGGGGAUUUCAGAGACACGCCACAAGAAUUCACCUCGCCAAGUCACUCUUAGAGUGGCCGCCCCCUCCACAGAAACGCUGGACGCUGUCCUGAAGACGCCAGAGCUGACGUUCUAUAAGCAGGCCAUUCCUAUCCCAAUGGAUCUUUCACUAGGUGCUCACUGGCUACAAAAUGUUCAACUUAUCCAACUCACCAGUCUUCCAGAAACAUCAUCGAUGGUCAGAAGAACUCAAGAAGCUGUAUGUACAGUGGAUGGAGGAGAACAUUACAACGUUAAUAAUCUGAGCCUGGAUUGCUCUCUUACCCCUGCAAAUUGCUAUGCAGUGAUCGCACAAGACUGUACCAAUCAAUUAAGGUUCUUGAUCGCCAUGAAAAAACUGGGUCAAGCAAUUUCAACCUUCGAAUGGUCAGUCGCUGUAAAAGAGACGCUGAGGGGAUAUCGCCAGCAAAACGAGCAGCGUCCUGUGUUAUCCUGUGCAGAAGAUAUUAAGAUCUAUGCUGAUGUCUCGGAGGAGCGCCAGAUUCUUCUGAACGGAAUGUGGCUGUUAUUAGAGAACGACACGUAUAUAAACGACAAAGAUUGUAUCAGAAUUCACAAAAAUGCGACAACAGUGACAAUACAGGCCCCAAAGAAUGGUGUGCAGCUGAUCUCGUACGACGGGCGCUCUGCCAAGGUUCACAUAUCUCCGUUGAUGCGAGGAAAAACGUGCGGACUUUGUGGAAAUGCUGAUCACUACGGGCAAAACGAUCACCAAAUGCCAAACCAUGAAACGGCCAAGAGUUGCAAUGGUCUGGUUCAUUCAUGGACUAUACCUGGAGCUUCAUGCCAAGGGAGUUGUGCAUUGAGUCGACAAUACAUAAUGUUGGAAAAUGAUGUUAUUGAUGGACGCCAGUCAUCCUGUUACUCUAUGGAGCCAGUAUUAAGGUGUAUGAGAGGUUGUCUGCCAACAAAAACCGUCCCGGUUACUGUCGCGUUCCACUGUGUUCCUAGAGACUCGGCAGUACCACUGGCGGACUGGCAAGCCAACCCUAGAGAGCAGUCUGAGGACCUCACCAAAGAAGUGGAUGCCCACGUCAUCUGUGUGUGCACGGAAGAGUGUGCAAAAAUCUGAGACACUUUUCCAAAAAAAAAGCCAAAAAGAUUUGCGUCAAAAAAGACUCAAACAACUUCUCCUGCCGGAAGGAAACACGGAGGAAGCAGCGUCCACCUGCGUCGCUUCCGCUCACGAAUCGCUGUAUCCGCAGUAACAUUUGUAUUCCGUGUUUGCCCCUCACUGUAUAACAUAAAGACUUAGAAAUGAGUUUUUACUGUGAGAACAAUAAACAUCAGGUAAGCUGA